CGGGGCCUGGGCAAAAUGGCAGAGGGGGAGCCCCCCUUUUCCUCGUGGAGGCUGGGGGUGCUGCGCUCACGGGCCCUGCUGCUCCUCCUCCUCCUCAGCCCGGGUGGGUACAGAGAGAGGGCGGGAGGGAGGCGGACCCUGACAUGUCAGGCUACCCCCUUGGGGACUGCACACAUGUGUGUAAAUCACAUACCUGCCUCUUACAUAUGUGUAAAUGCUCAAAUUCAGAUUCCAUUGUAUCUCAGCAUAGGAACCAUUAUCAGCCCUGGGGGAUCAGAAUGAGCAAGCCGGUGCUUUGCAUAAUGCAAUUAUUAACUCACGUUUCCCUAUAUUUCAUUAUAGGUUUGACUGAAACGUCUUCCACGUACCUUUACUCAGAAGUAGUAGAGCCAAUGCAGCUGGAAACGAGAUCUCCUUACGACAGCAAAGAACAUUUGACUUACAUGAUUAAAGUGGAAGGACAACACAGAGUUGUCCAUCUGAAACAACAGUUCUUUGUAACAGAAAAUAUGCCUAUUUACACUUACAACAUGAAGGGAGAGCUGGUGGCAGAAUAUCCAUAUAUUCAGGACAAUUGCCAUUACAGUGGCCAUGUGGACGGUGUCCCAAGGUCCCAGGUCAUCCUCUCUACCUGCAGUGGGCUUUGGGGACAUAUACAAAUGGGGAACAUAAGAUACGAAAUUCAGCCUGUUGAAAAUUCUCCCACAUUUCAACACUUUAUUUAUCGAAAGGCCCCAGAGCCACGAGAACCCUGCAGAGGAACUGUUGAAGACGGGGCAGGUUUGGCAAGUAGAGGAGUGAGAAUGGUGGACGCUGCGGGUCCGGAUCUUUCCGCCAGGCAGCAAGAUGCCCUCGACCCCACAGGCAUCCGAUAUCUAGAAUAUUACGCUGUGGCAGACAAAAGCGCGUUCCUCCUCUAUGACAGCAAUGAAACCCUUCUGGUGUCGGUGCUGUUUCACAUGAUGCUGAAUGUCCACACGAUAUUCCUGCCGCUGGGCCUCCACAUUUAUCUGGUAGGCAUGGAGCUCUGGACGGAAAAAAACUACGUGACCAUUGAUUCUCACGACCUCUCUGUGACCUUGAAUGCCUUUUAUAAGUAUGUCCGGUACCAGCUUCGGUAUCACGUGCGUUUCGACCACGCUGGCUUAAUGACGGGAACAGGGACCCGUCCUGGGCUUUCCUGGGGAGAACGACUUUGUCAUUACUCUCACGUGUCCGUGACGGUUAUCCACUUAUAUAAAAAGCCGAGAUUUGAUGCUGAAACCAUUGCACAUGAGCUGGGUCAUUCUCUUGGCUUUACGCACGAUGAUGGCCCCAUGAAUUUAGCCAGAAAAUGUGAUUGUAAUUGCACUGUGUUUGGCAGCUGUUUGAUGCUGACUUCAGGUGAAGCGUAA